CUCCCAUCAGGAUGCCGGCCGGAUCGAGCCUCCGGUCCAGUGAAAGGUCCCAAACUCGGCCCGGGCCGUGGGGGCCACACCUCCACUCCAACUAUAUAAACUUGUGCACCACCCAAGCUCAGCCAGAAACCUAGAACGAUCAAACAUGGCAUUCAAAUUGUUCGUCUUCGCCGCUUUCGUCGCUGUAGCCCGUGCCGGCGCCCCCUUGGGCUACGCCGCUGCCCCAGCCUUCGGCUACGCAGCUGCCGCCCCCGCUUACGGCUACGCCACCCCUGCCGUCCAUGCCGCCCCUGCCAUUUCCUACGCCGCUCCCGCUAUCGCCAAAGUAGCCGCUCCCGCCAUCUCCUACGCCGCUCCCAUCGCCAAAGCCGUAGCCCCAGUCGCUUACGCCGCCCCCGUAGCCAAAGCUGUCGUAGCUGAACCCUACGCCCCAGCCCACUACGACUUCGGAUACGCCGUCAGCGACCCCCACACCGGCGACAGCAAGAGCCAGCAAGAAUCCCGCCGUGGAGAUGUUGUCCAAGGCUCUUACUCCUUGGUCGACCCUGAUGGUACCAAACGUACCGUCGAAUACACCGCUGAUCCCCACAACGGUUUCAACGCUGUUGUCCACAGAGAAGGUCUCGCCGUUAAAGCUGUAGCCCCCGUCGCUAAAGUCGCCGCCCCCAUCGCCUAUGCUGCCCCCGCUGUAGCUAAGGUCGCCGCUCCCGUAGCCUAUGCCGCCCCUGUGGCCCACACCUACGCCGCUCCCGUGGCUCACGCCUACGCCGCCCCCGUGGCUCACGCUUAUGCCGCCCCAGCUGUAGCCAAAUACGCCGCCCCAGCUGUAGCUUACGCUGCCCCAGCUGUAGCUAAAUACGCCGCCGCCCCCGCCAUCUCUUACGCCGCUCACGCUCCAGCUUACUACCACUUCUUUUUGAUGACAACGCACUUCGAAGACAACAACCACUACAACAAGAUGGCUUUAAAAGUUAUUGUUUUCUCAACACUUCUGGCAAUUGCCCGUGCUGGUGCUCCAGCUCUCUCGUACGCCGCUGCUCCUGCCAUCUCUUACGCCGCCCCCGCUGUAGCUCCCGUCGCAUACGCCGCCCCCGCUGUAGCUCCCGUCGCAUACGCCGCCCCCGUUGCCAAAGCCGUCAUCGCUGAACCGUACGCCCCAGCUCACUACGACUUCGGUUACGGCGUUAACGACCCUCACACUGGCGACAGCAAAACCCAUCAAGAAUCUCGUCGUGGAGACGUCGUCCAGGGAGCUUACUCGCUAGUUGAUCCUGAUGGAACAAGACGUGUUGUACAAUACACCGCUGACCCACAUAAUGGUUUCAACGCUGUUGUGCACAAGGAGCCCUUGGCUGUUAAAGCUGUAGCUCCUGCUGUGGCCCCCGUGGCUUAUGCUGCUCCUGUGGCUAGAGUCGCUGCUCCAGCCGUCGCCGCCUAUGCCGCCCCUGCAAUUCACAGCUAUGCUGCUCCUGCUGUAGCACCGGCGGUUGCCACCUACGCGGCCCCAGCGAUUCAUAGCUAUGCUGCUUCAGCUGCAUAUGCAGCUCCUGCAGUACACAGCUAUGCUGCUCCUGCUGUUGCUGCUUAUUCCGCACCUGCAGUUCAUAGCUAUGCGGCUCCUGCUGUAGCUGCAUACGCUGCUCCUGCAGUACAUAGCUACGCUGCGCCUGCAGUAGCUGCUUAUGCAGCUCCAGCCGUGCAUGGCUAUGCUGCUCCAGCUCUUCUUCACUAACUUUGUGAAAAAUCUAUUGUGAUUUUGUAGUCAAUUAACAAACUGUCUCUAUUUUUAGAGAUAAUGCUCAUUUAAUACUUUAUAUUUAAUAAAUAUAUUUUAAAAAAUA